ACAAUGUGUACGGAAGUGGAAUCGCCGCUGAAUUCUCGUAUCGUGUGCUCAAACUGGUUCUCUGUCCUCACGCGGUGGAAGGAAAUGAAGUCUGAAUUUAAUGUAGAAAAGUGAAGUGAUACAAGGACUUGCAAGCGGGACAAGAGAACGUUCCACAAUGAGCUCGCAGGACGUAUUGAAGAACGCGUCCACGCUCGCUUCAUACAAUGUGCUGCUACAGGUAAUGUUCCGUGUGCUGACCUUCUUAUUGAACGCCUUCACCCUCCGCUUUGUGUCCAAAGAGCUGAUUGGGGUGGUGAAUGUCAGGCUUACACUGCUCUACUCCACUUUAGUCUUUUUGUCACGAGAGGCCUUUAGAAAAGCGUGCUUGAGUGGCUCUGAUGGGGGGAAGCACAACUGGAGGCAGGUUAUCAAUCUGCUAUGGCUGACUUUGCCUCUAGGUGCACUAUCGGGAGCCAUGUUGGCCGCUGUGUGGCUUUGGCUCCUCGAGGCCCCGGACCCCCAAUCGGUCCCUUUCUACGGCCCCGCCGUGGUGCUCUUCGCCCUGGCGGGGGUGCAGGAGCUCUUGGCCGAGCCCCUGUGGGUGCUGGCCCAGGCUCACAUGUUUGUGAGGCUAAAGGUGGUUGCUGAGAGCUUGGCCAUGCUGGCUAAGUGCAGUAUGACGGUGGUGCUGGUGGUGUCUGCCCGUGAGUGGGGCCUUUACAUCUUCUCUGCUGCUCACCUGGUGUACACAGGAGUCCUGGUGCUGUGCUAUGUAAUUUACUUUCUUCGUUUCCUGCCGUCCAAAGAAGCGAUCGAGAGCAAUUUUCCUCUGCGGAACAUCGGAGAGCUGAUUCCUCACAGAGUUAAUGGAGAGCCUCUGUUGGACUGGACCAUGGCCCGGCUCACGUGGAGCUUCUUCAAGCAGUCGUUCCUCAAGCAGAUCCUGACUGAGGGCGAGCGCUACGUCAUGACUUUCCUGAACGUCCUCAGCUUCGGCGACCAGGGCAUUUAUGACAUCGUCAACAACCUGGGGUCAAUGGUGGCCCGCUUCAUCUUCUUGCCAAUUGAGGAGAGCUUCUACGUCUUCUUCGCCAAAGUGCUGGAGCGAGGCCGCCAUGUCAAAAACCAGAAACAGGAAGAUGUUGGUGUCGCGGCAGAUGUGCUACAAUGCCUCCUCAAACUGGUGCUGGUGAUUGGACUCAUUAUUGCAGUCUUUGGGUACGCCUACUCGCGACUGGCUCUGGAUAUUUACGGGGGUUCUCUGCUGAGCAGUGGGGCAGGUCCAUCGUUGCUUCAAUGCUACAGCUGCUAUGUCCUCCUGCUGGCUGUAAACGGCGUGACCGAAUGUUUUGUGUUUGCUGCAAUGAGCCAGGAGGAGGUUGACAAGUACAACUUGGUGAUGCUGGCUCUGUCCGCGUCGUUCCUCUUCCUGUCCUACACGCUGACAAGGUGGGCGGGCGGCGUGGGCUUCAUCCUGGCCAACUGCCUCAACAUGGCCCUCCGCAUCACGCACAGCGUCCUGUACAUUCGCCACUACUUCCUGCCCAGUCCGUGGAAACCCCUGCGGGGCCUGCUGCCCACGCCGUUGCUGUGCCUGGCGCUCGCUGUCAGCGCGGCGGUCACGCUUGUCAAGCGUUUUCUGCUGCGACGGUGGCUGGCUCCUCAGGUUGGUCCACGUCAGCGUGGGAGCGGUUUGUCUUCUUUUUGUUCUCGGAGCCGUUCUGCUCACGGAAACGCAACUUGUUGUGUUUGUGAGGACUCAGCUUUUGCCCCACUACAGGAAAAAACGCGCAUAACUUGAAGGACAGCAACAAGUGAAUUUGUUAUUAUUUUCUUUAAUGAGCCUCAGAUGCAAGAGCAGGUGCACCUUAAGAAUUUAGAAUAUUAUUGAGAACUUUAUUUAAAAAAUAAGUCCUGUGGAAUUUCUGCAUUCAAAAUAAUUUUGAAUGUUUCUGUUAUAGCAUUCUAAUUUCUGGAAGGUGAUUUUUGGAUUUCCCCUAACUAAGAUAGUCCUAAUUCGUAUCAGAAAAAAAUCCAUCCAUCCAUUUUCUGAGCCACUUAUCCUCACAAGGGUCGCAGGAGUGAAUCUGUCAUAUAUAUAUGAAAUAUCCUUUUUAAAUUCACCUACUUCAACAAAUCAUGUUUUCCACAGUAUUCAAAUGUAUUAAAAUGCACCUGUAUGUGAAUGUUUAUGUAUAUGAUAAUGUUACUGGAUAAUUUGAUUUGUACACAUGAAGACAUUUCUCCUCUUUUGACACAUCAUUAGGUACACCUUCCCGAUCUAAAUUUAAACAAAGUAACUGGGUUAACCCAUUCGUGGGCAGCGUCCCAUUUUUGGGACAUCAUGAUUUUCACGUAUUACAUCCUUCACUAUAUCAAAAUAUUUUAGUGUUUUAAUCAAAAGCCAUAAUUUGGUAUCAGGAGAACUCAUCAGUCAAAGUUAGUAUGGAGUUAUUUCCCUUCCCUUCCUUACUCAACAUGGCUGCCUCAACUUAUCAUAUAACUUAACCAUAAACAAAAAAGAAGUGUUAUUUCUUUGAUUGUGGCCUGUUUUAUUUUAUCUCAAUAAGGCAAAAAAUUCCCACCCUGCCCAUGAAUGGGUUCAGGGCACGUUAAAUACACUAUGCUCAGAUUUUAUUCAUACUGCCUUUGACCAUACACUGGGAAGUGUUUGUAACAAAGUAUCUAACUACUCCAAACAAGGCCAUGUCAUAAGCUUACCAACAUUUUUUGUAAGCUUGUGCAGAUGUACCGAUUUUGUGCGCGUGUGUGUGUGUGUAUGUCUGCAUGUGUGUGUGAGAUGGGGGGAGGGGCCGAGACCGCUGUUCCAAGUCUGUUUUUACUGAAGUUACUUGAAGCAGUUUCUUUAAAUCAUUCAACAUCCAGUAUUACAUCCAUCUGUGUAACUUUGUAUCAUAGGUUGUAUCCAGUUCAUCGCAAUAGUCAACCACUAAAAGUCUUUUGAAAUCUUGCCGACUUAUUACAGUAGUUGUAACUGCUAAUUAGUCCGUUGGUUUUAAGAUGGCCUAUAUGACAGUAAAUCUGACUCCAUUUUCUCGAUGGACUGGUAAAUAAAAGGAAAUGAGACCAAGAGAAACUUUCAAAACUUUUUUUCCUACCUUUAGAGUGAACUAUAACCUCUAAAAUGAAAUUUUAUUGUCUAUUUUUGAGCAAGGAAGUAGAGGUGAAUCAUGAACAUGAAAAUAAUCUUUUGUG